AUGUCAAACAAACUCAUGGAUACUGAAGCUGGCGGCGAGCAAACCCAGUACGAAGGCAUCCAUACAUACGUCGAACCGCACGACAAGAAGUACGGUCAAUUCAGUGACUCUUCAGAAGGCACAUCGGUCCACACAAAGACGGCGGACCCUGGCGCCCCAAACACACACGGCAUUACGCCUGCGGACAAGAUUCGCUAUGGACAGAGUAUCCAGGAGGGCGGCAUGGGGGGCAAGACCACGAGUUCAAGCGGAGAGACGAAAGCUGAGACGGGGUUUGGAGGCACUGCGGCGCUGAGUGACGACAACGAGAGUGCGGCGAAGCAGAGACGGGAGCAAGGAUAUGGCGGAAGCAAAGACAUGGACCGGACUAUUGGUGCGUAG